UGAAGCUAUUAUUAUAUUAAUAAGAAAAAGAUAAGAAGAAUGAAUAAUAUUCCUGCGAUAUUUUUAUUAUAAAAGGAAUUUUCUGCAAGGUUGAUCUUAAAUUUACUGGUUUUCCAACAGGAAGGACAAACAAUAGGAAUUGAAAAAGAAGAAGACCCAGCAAAAUCCUAUCAAUCAAUCAAACAGCCACAGCCCAGCUGCUUUAUCGAAAUUCCACUCCGUCGACAACAGGAAGAGAAGAAGAAAUAACAAAAAAUGGCGAGAAGCCUCAACAAAGUCCAGAAGCAUAUCUCCAAAAAGCGCGGGAAGGUGGAUUCACUGCACGAGAACAGUCGCGAUGCAAAGCGACUGCGACGGGCUGGCGGGAGGGAGCAUAAAUUGGCCGUCGCGGCUUCGGUGACGAUGAAGGGGAGGCAGUCGUUUGUGGACCGAGUUCAUUUCUUCAAGGAAAACAUCCCAGAGCCACCCGCCUCCAUGUCGGAUGGGGAUAUGGUUCAGUUGAUUACAAGAUUCAUCGCCCGCAACCAACCCGAACUAGAUCAAUUACAAAAAGAGCGACGGCCGGGCAGGCCACCGGUGAAGCGCGAGGAGAUCCUCCGGGAGAGGAUGGAGGCGGAGAAUAGAGAGUUUGAGAGCGGCUUCUGGCUGCCGGAUAUGGGCGCUGAGGACAAUGUGAAGAAACUGGGGGCGUGGAAUGGGGAGUGGUCAUCGAUGAGUACGCUGGGGUUUGUGAGGGUGGCUAGGGAUGGGACGAGGCAGCAGUCGAUAUUUCCGCCGAAGGGGCUGUCGUGAUGUUUAUAUAUAGAUUUUACUAACCUCCGUUUAACGAUAUUCAGAUUUGUUAGUUCUUUUCUUCUGCAAUGUUUUGUCUGUUCUUGAAGAUAAUGUCAAUUUCCUUCAUUGAUCUGCUAUGAACCGAACAUCAUCGCUCCCAAAAGGAGCAGAGGACAGCAUCCCUUGUAUAUGAAGUAGCGGUAGAAUUCGAUGUUGCCAUUGCGCUUGAUUGAACAUCUCCUUUAAUUUUUCGCAGAAGCAGCCUCAGGCAUGG